AUGAAACUCUACAACCUCCAGGGCAAACUACUGAAGUCAAUACAAACCAAGUCUGGGAACAUACCACGUGACAAAGAUAAACACAUCAGUGAGAACAGAAACCUCAUUAUCUGUGUGGCUGACCGUGGAGCCGGUCAAGUAGUGGUGGUUAAUCAGGCAGGAAAACUCCGACUUAGAUACACUGGUCAUCCCUUUAUUACCAAGGGAUCAUUUUAUCCACGUGGCAUCACAACAGACAGUCAGAGUCAGAUCCUGAAAGCAGACAGUAAUAACGACUAUAUCCACAUCCUAGAUAAGGAAGGACAGUUCCUCUGUUACAUUGAAAACUGUUAUCUACAGCAUCCAUGGGGUUUACGUGUAGACACUAAAGACAACCUCUUUGUGGCUGAGUUUCACAUUGAUUCACUUUCUAGUGCUCAUGUGUGUGUGUGA